AUGUCAAAUAAAAAUUAUAAAAGAAUAAUAAAAGCCGUUUAUAAUGAUGAAACAAUAAGGGUAUACCAAGCUUAUAAUAAAGAAAUUGCCGAAGGAGCAGUUAAAAACCAACGUUUUGUUGAUCCAUGGUUAACUACAAGAACUACAUGGAUUAAACCAUCACUUUGUUGGAUGAUGUAUAGAGCAGGUUAUGGAUAUAAAGAUAAAAAUCAAGAAAGAAUUCUAGCUAUUGAUAUAAAAAGAGAAGCAUUUGAAUGGAUUUUAGAUACUUAUUAUGAUAAUAAUAAUGAAAAUCUUAACGAUUUAAAGGCAUAUGCUAAAAACUCACUUGUAAUUCAAUGGGAUCCAGAACGUUCAAUUAAAAUCGGGAAAUUAGAAAACGGAGAACUUCGUUCAAUCCAAAUUGGUAUAAAACCUAAUCUAACUCAAAAAUUUAACAAUGAAUGGAUUGCAGAGAUCAAUGAUAUAACUGAUAUUGUGCAUCAAAUUAAAAGAGAAAUUGAUGAUGGAAAUAUUGAAAAAGCAAUUUCUUUAUUACCCAUUGAAAAGGUUUACACUCCAAUUAAUGUCAAAUUUUAA